CAAGAGAGCAGGAUGCUCGGUUCCGCUGCCGCCGGGUUUCUGCUGCUUCUGCUGUGUGCGCUGGCGGGGGGGCAGGCUGUGAGCAAGGAGGCGGUACGGCCCGACAAACUGCUGGUAGUCACAGUGGCCACAGACACUACAGAAGGGUAUGAGCGCUUCCUACGCACCGCGCGGCACUUCAACUACACCGUACGGACCCUGGGUCUGGGGCACGAGUGGAAGGGAGGCGACGUUGCCCGCACAGUGGGGGGAGGGCAGAAGGUGCGAUGGCUGAAAGAAGAACUAGAAAAGCACAGUGAACAGGACGACCUGGUAAUCAUGUUUGUCGACAGUUACGAUGUUGUAAUAGCUGGGACCCCUACUGAGCUGCUGUGGAAGUUCCAUCAGUUCGAGCACAAGGUGGUCUUCUCCGCGGAGGGGUUUUGUUGGCCGGAAUGGUCGCUGGCAGAAAGUUACCCCCCCAUCAGCAAUGGGAAGCGUUUCCUCAACUCUGGAGGGUUUAUCGGAUUUGCCCCCCAGCUCUACCGGAUGGUUCAGCUCUGGAAGUACAAAGAUGAUGAUGAUGAUCAGCUGUUUUACACCAAAGUUUACUUGGAUGAGUCCCUUAGAGAGAAGUUUGAUAUCGCUCUUGAUCACAAGUCAAAAAUCUUCCAGAACCUGAAUGGCGCUAUCGAUGAAGUUGUCCUGAAGUUUGAGAGGAACAAAGUGCGAGCUCGGAAUGUGGCAUACGACACUAUUCCAGUUGUGAUACACGGCAAUGGGCCCACAAAGUUACAGCUGAACUAUCUUGGAAAUUAUGUCCCCAAUUCCUGGACACAUGAGGGCGGGUGUGAAGUGUGUGAUGAUGACCUCCUGGACCUGUCUAUGUUGGAGGAUGAUGCAUUGCCGCAGGUCUUGCUCGGUGUCUUUAUUGAGCAGCCGACUCCCUUCCUGCCGCAGUUCCUGGAACGACUGGUGCAGUUGGAUUAUCCCCGCAACCGCCUGUCACUCUACAUCCACAAUAGUGAGGUUUUUCAUGAAAAACAUAUCCAGGCUUUCUGGGAGAAUAACAAGGACAGUUUUACAAGCAUUAAAAUCGUGGGCCCAGAGGAAGCGCUGAGCCAGGGGGAGGCCAGAGACAUGGGCAUGGACCUGUGCCGUCAGGAUGAGACCUGCGAUUACUACUUCAGUGUGGAUGCCGAUGUGGUUUUAACCAAUCCUGACACGUUGUAUAUCCUGAUCCAAGAGAAUAAGAAGGUGAUUGCACCCAUGGUCUCCCGCAGCGGCAAACUCUGGUCCAACUUCUGGGGGGCCCUGAGCCCUGAAGGCUAUUACGCCCGAUCUGAAGACUAUGUGGAUAUUGUCCAAGGGAAGAGGGCGGGAGUCUGGAACGUACCAUACAUUGCCCAUGUUUACCUCAUUAAGGGGGAGACAUUGCGGAAUGAACUAUCAAACAAGAAUAUCUUCACAUUGCCACAAAUGGACUCAGACAUGGCUUUCUGUAAGAGCAUUCGGGACAAGAGCGUCUUCCUGCACCUCAGUAACAGGGACGAGUUUGGCCGCUUGAUUUCCACCUCCAAGUACAACACAUCCCGUCUGCACAACGACCUGUGGCAGAUCUUUGAGAACCCGGUGGACUGGAGGGAAAAAUACAUUCACGAAAACUAUACCAAGAUUUUUGAGGAAGAUUAUUUUGAGCAGCCUUGCCCAGAUGUCUACUGGUUCCCAGUCUUUAAGGAAGUGAUGUGUGACGAGUUUGUGGAAGAGAUGGAGAAUUUUGGCCAGUGGUCUGGCGGCAAAAAUACGGACCAGCGGCUAGCGGGCGGCUACGAGAAUGUGCCCACCGUGGAUAUUCACAUGACGCAGGUUGGGUACCAGGAGGAGUGGCUGAAGUUCUUGCAGGAAUACAUUGCGCCUGUCACAGAGAAGCUCUUCCCCGGCUAUUACACAAAGGCCAAGGCCCUGCUGAAUUUCAUCGUACGCUACAGACCGGAUGAGCAGCCCUCCCUCCGCCCACACCACGACUCCUCCACUUUCACUAUCAACAUCGCCCUCAACAAUAAAGGGAUCGACUACGAGGGUGGGGGCUGCCGCUUCCUCCGCUACAACUGCAGAGUGGAAUCCCCCCGCAAAGGUUGGUCCUUCAUGCACCCGGGCCGUCUGACUCACUACCACGAGGGUCUUCCCACCACCAGAGGAACCCGCUACAUCAUGGUCUCCUUCGUGGACCCUUGACCCUACCACCCCCGGACUCUUCUCCCCUAGGCUGCAGGUUACUGCCCGUCAGUGAGGUACUGUACUGCUCUCUGAUUGGAUGGCUGUGCCUGGCCCACAAGGAGCAGGAUGGCGCCAUUCACUAUAAUCCGUCAGAUCAAGCCUUGGUCCUGCUCAGUGGGGAAGAGGAGCCCAUAACACUUGUGGGAUGCGAGGGCCACAGGUCCGACAGAACCAUCAUGUUGUCCCUUUGUCCCUAACUCUUCUACCCCCACCGUCCCACAAUGGACUUUCCCCCUCUAACCAGAACUGAGCAAUGGCCCCUAUUACCUGCCUUAACUACACCCAGACCUUGCCUUUUGCACAUGGAACCAACGGCCCAGAGAUCCUGAUAUUUUGCUACAAAGUGAAUGAGAUGUAGUAGGCGGAGCUUGAGGGAGAAUCGGGGGGAUAGGGAGGGGUUUCACUAGGUAAUUAGGGUUUCUCUUUGGGGGGGGGGACAUUAAUGAGCUGCGCUAUUUUAUUGCUGAAUUUAAGGGAUUUAUUAUCUCCUGUACAAAGUGCUUUAAAUUAUUGGCUCCGCCAGCUAACGAGUAUCAUUAGAACGAGCAUUAGCUGCGCUUUUUUUUAAAGGUUUCAAUAAAAAAUACUCCAAAAUCCAAA